CUCAUACCACAAAUCGCACCCUGCACAUGUAACCACGAUUCAACUCUUCCGCCCGAUUCAUCCAUCCAUCCACCGAUCGCCUCUAGUCACUCACUUUCCUGGCUCCUUGUAGCACUUGACCGUAUCAGGCUUCCCGAAUUUUCCACCACAGUCCGUGGAUUUCAGACACUGACGGCUGCCAUCCGUUUUUUCACAGCAGCUGAGAGACAGACGAACGCAGAUGGAGAAUGCGGCUCUUUUCAUGUGGUGUCCCAUUUGUCUAUGUCCCUUACCAGAUGCCCCGGUUCUCCCCGGCACAUGGCCCCGCCUCGGGUUUGCCGCACUUGAUCCCCUUUUCAGGAACCGCUGCCGCUGUCGCCGGCUUCAAAGGUGCCGUGGUCGCCGGGUUGGGCACAGCGGCGGGCUGUGAGCAGGAGCCUUUGGCGGCGCCGCAGGCUGCGGAGCAGGAGUUGGCUGUGGCGAAGGGGCCGCAGUUGGCUUCGGUGAAGCUGGCUGUGGCGAAGGAGUUGCCGGCGGCGUUGGUGCGGAAACCUUCACUGGUGCCUUCGUUUCUUGCUCUUCUUUUGAUGGCGGCUUUUUCUCUUCUGGUGGCGGGUUGUCCUUUGAAGCUUCAAGGGCUCGCCGGUCACUCUCGGGGGUGGCGGCUGUCACCUUGUCUCCAGUGAAAGCCGAUAAUGUCAGAUCGGUGAUAAAUGUCUCAAUGGCGUCGCUGACAUCCUUCCACGAGUCAGCAUUUUGCAACGAGUCGAUGACUGUAUCUGACAGAAGGAAGCCAUGACGUGUAUCGAAGCUCAUGUCACUUUCUUUCCUCCCGCACCUUUCACAAAGCACCAGCUGUCCCCAAUAUAGUGUUUCUUUCUCCAAUCGACCACUUCCUUGUCGGUCGCAGGGAACGGAUAAUGCGACCGGUUGAACGCCUGGAUUUGCAGCCUAUCCAUCUUCUUUGCGUCAUCCCUCGGAGUCACCACCUCGGUCAGUCGAUCGCAGAAGAGCCGAUCGACGUCGGCCCAGUCCUCCGAGUCAACCUUCUUACCGAGGGGUUUGGUUCGUCGGUAGUAGUGGAUUGCGGCCGCGGCGUAUUUGCCGAUGGCGUCUCCCCAGACAGGUAUGCAGAUGCCGGGAUAAAAGUCAUCUGUCGUCACUUCAGCCGCUGCGCUUGCUUCCUUGCCAACUUCUUCCUUGUCUUGCUUCUCCUUCGAGCCUUCCUCAGACUUGGGCUGAUCUUUGUCAUCCUUGGCCGUCUCAUCCGACGAGUCGCUCUUCUCACCCUUGUCUGGCUGGCCUGAAUCAUCUUUCUUGUCUGGGUGGUCUGGAUUUGUUCUUCGUGGAUGGUCAGAUAAUUCCAAUUGAGCACUCGCUGGCUUGUUGGGUGUCCGAUUCACCGGUGUCUCCACAGAAAAAUUCAUCGUUACUUGCUGCGUUUCAUACUCCCGCGGCUUCUUCUCUGCUGAGCUCGGCUGACUAGUCCGCUGCGUGGUUGUGGCUGGCUGUAUAGGCUGUGCUGGUGUUGUUCCACGAGUAGCAGCUGUGGCUGGCAGUGUCUUGAGCAUAGCUGCGCUCUGGCUGGCCGUUGUUGCAGACGCCUGAGGAGGGACAUUCUGUUGCUUUCUGCCGACAGCCUGCUGCCCAAUCGUUGUUGGCUGCCCAGAUGCUAUCGGUGUACCUCCAGGAGCUGUAGGAUUGGUCUUCAUAGCUUUCGCAUCCUUCAGUUGGCUUUUUGGGUUUUCUUGCUGCUCCUGAACUCCCUUUUCCUCUCCUGGAGGGGCCUCCUCAACGACCUUCCUUUUGCUGUACCACUCUUUCGUCUGGAAUUCCUGCUCCCUCUCUCUGUUAAGGUCUUCAGCCUUUUUCUUUAAGUCGUCCAUCUCAGCCUGAGAGUCGCUGCCGUCCGUCUCCUUCUGCCCCUCCUUCAUGUCUCUUGCCUUGUCUUCUGCAGCGCGAUAGUCUCCGACCUCUUUGGCGGCUUUCUUGGCUUUCUCUGGACCGUUGGCAAUGGCGUCUUCGAUUGCUUUCAAGAGCCCCUUCCUCUUGUGCUGUUUCAGGUACUUGCUGAGUGUGUCCUUUGGAACAGCUGCACAGAUAGAGUAGUGGCCCUUCUCGGAGGGCUCUUUGCAGCUGUAGGUUUGGUCGAUGAAUGGCUCCGUAGUCCCCUUUUGGAUGACGCACCAGCCGAAAUGCUUGUCUUUCUGAGCAGAGGCCACCUUUGCGAAGUCCAGGCAUUGAAUGACAGUGAUGAUUGCCUUGUAAGGGUCCUUGGUGAUGUCUUCCACUGGGGGCAGAGUGCAAUUGAACUCGGGCUUUGUUUUCUCUUCUUCAGCCGCUUUCUCCUUGCUGUCGCUCGCUUUCUCUCCUUCAGUGCUCUCGCUUUCCUUCUUGUCCUCUCCCUCUUUUGAGCUUUCCUCAGGCGGCGUCUUGGUGGUGUCCUCCUUGGUGUCAUCCGUCUCGUGGCUCUUCGUUUCCUCAGCUUUCGCUGGCGCCUCAUCCGUCUCCGAUGAGGCGCCCUUUCCGGGCUCCUCCUUUGGUGUUUCCUUCGUGUCCUCAGCAGGCGCUUCCGUUGUGUCCUUGUCUCCAUUUUUCGGCGCCUCGCUGAGCUGAAUCAUCGUUGCCGGUGUCUCUGAUGGCCAGUGACGGAAUGCCACAACUGCAGUGAUUGAAAGGAAAGCACGAUUUCGUGUGAUGGUAUGUACGGGAGCGGACCUUGCAGAAAGGAAGCCGUUGAACGCUUCAAUCGUUGCCUUUGCAGUGAGUCGUGCAGUUUGCCGAGAUGAAUCCUGACACCUGGGAGCGGAAUGCACACGGCGUCGUCUCUUCCUUCCAAACCGACACACGCUUGUGAGGAAGUACCUCUGCGAAGGCGAUACGUGUCAGCCUCAUCAGCAGGCGUGGCAUGAUGACUCCUCCUGCAAAGAGAAACGGUGGGACGAAACGGAACUUCAAGAGCCAUUGCCUCCUCGUCAGUCCUACAUUUGCCAAGACCUUUGCAAGGGGGGCAGGGCUCUUCGGUUUUGGACGAAUGAAAGCAUGAAGAGGACCAUCAGAAGGCAGGAUGCUCUCAUCGCAUU